UCGGUAAUUUUACGCUCUUGUUCAUUCAACCAACACAAAACUACCAGCUGCAAAAUCGAGCCACAAACAAUUUCCGGUUGGAUUCGUGGUUUCUUCCUAAACAAUUUUCUUCUGUUAGCUUCAAGAAAGUAGAAUUGGCGGUACCUGCUUCAAAACAAGCAAAAGAAAAUUCGACCAAUUUAUUGGAUACGCUGCGAUUCGACUCUGCAUUUUGAGUGUGAUGGUUUAAUCUCUAGUUUUUUCGAGGUUCUUUCUAGAAAUGGCUAUGAAUUAAUGUGACAAUGAUAGGGCUUCAGUUUUAAAUAGCUCUUGCUAUUUAGUUAUAGGUUGUGAUGGUGCCCUUUAGAUUAGGUUAUUGUGAUUCUAAGUUUUGCAAUACUGAGGUUUGGAGAUUGCUCGAUUGUUAUGAGCUUCGAGCUGAUGGAUAGCUUGCUUUUGCGUUCUGAGAUUGAAGCACCAACUAGUGUAGAUGAUGAGAAUGAGGGUUCUGCCUUGGGUGAUUUGGGAAGUGAGAUAACUUCUGUUAUUUUCUUGGAUUCUGAUUCUGAAGAGAGUAGGAGCGGGGUGUCGUCUAUUAUGGCUGCGACUUAUGAGGGCGAAAACUGGCUGCAUAGUACUGAUGGAAGGCAACUGAGCGAAGAUGGCUCGUUGUUAUUGGUUGGCGAUCCUAAUCUUGAUGGACUGUCUAUGGUGAGUGAUGCUAGUAGUUUAUGUGGUUUAGAAGUGAAACCUGAAACUGGGAUGCCCUUCGCGGACGUUGAGAGCAGUAGAAGUGAUGUUGAACUUAUAUCCAACACCAGUGAAUCUCUAUCUGUAGCAGUUGAUAGUGGAGAGGAGAUUGUAGAUGGUUCCAGCUCGAGACCAUCUAUGGAUGUUGUGCCAUUGGAUUUUGGAUCGAAUGGGAGAGCAAGCCGUAGUAUUUUUGAGGUAAGCUAUGUGCCACUUUGGGGUUUUACAUCCGUUCCUGGUAGGAGAGCGGAUAUGGAAGAUGCAGUGUCAAUCGUACCAAAUUUAGUGGAAAUCCCUCUCCAGAUGCUCGUUGAUCGCCCUCCUGAUGGACUGACUUCCCGUGUGACUCAUUUGACGGGGCAUUUCUUUGGAGUCUUUGACGGCCAUGGAGGCGCUAAGGUUGCGGAUUAUUGUAGAGAUCGUAUUCAUUCUGCUUUGGCUGAAGAGAUUGAAAUAAUCUCUACAGAGUUAAGUGAUGAAGGAGAUAGAAGGGGAUCUCGUGAAGAGCUGUGGACGAGGGUGUUCACUAGAUGUUUCCUCAAGGUGGAUGGUGAGGUUGGAGGGGAAGGCGGUCGCGCACCCAUUGCUCGGGAGACUGUUGGCUCGACUGCCAUUGUUGCCAUAGUUUGCACGUCGCAUAUAAUAGUGGCUAACUGCGGUGAUUCAAGGGCUGUUCUCUGCCGUGGGAGAGAAGCUGUUGCCCUAUCUGUGGAUCACAAGCCCGAUAGGGAGGACGAAUAUGCCAGAAUCGAAGCAGCUGGAGGUAGGGUAUUCAACUGGGACGGAUGCCGUGUCUCGGGAGUUCUUGCCAUGUCUAGGUCUAUUGGAGAUCGAUAUUUGAAGUCUCUCGUGAUCCCUGAUCCUGAGGUGACGGUUGUCCCACGGACUAGAGAUGACGAGUGCCUGAUUCUAGCCAGUGAUGGUUUAUGGGAUGAGAUGUCAAACGAGGAGGCUUGUGACGGUGCUCGUAGGGUUUUGCAGUUGUGGUACAGGAAUAACACAGCCCCACCUCCAUCGGAGAGGGGCAAGAGCGUGGAUCCCGCAUCACAGGCAGCAGCUGAGGCUCUCACGCAACGAGCUCUUCAGAAAGGGAGCCGGGAUAACAUCUCUGUCGUUGUCUUGGACUUGAAACGCCAAAGAAAGGGUAGGAGCAGACCUUAGCAUCGUCGGCUCCCGCCAACGACGGUUGAUCUCGUUAUGUGCUGGCAUUUAUCAGUGGUGGUCAGGAUAGGUGCUCACAGACUUGGUUACAACAUAGCAUUGUAGAUGUUACUACUUUGAAAGUGUAUGUUAUAACCUUCUACCUAAACGGGUGUGUGGGGGUUUUCAACCUUUUGUUGUAAUUGAAUAAAAUAGCCUUUUCAUGAUUAAUGAAAUUCUUGGUUGGAUUGUGAUUA